AUGUCCAGUUAUCUGUUCAUCGUGAAGUACGAGCUGCCGCUGGUCAUUCAGACUUUUCUAGGACAAACCUCUGCCUCAGAUGACUGGUUCAUGAACGGGAACUACCUCAUCAUCAUCGUCACCGUCUGCAUCAUCCUCCCACUGGCCCUGAUGAAACACCUGGGGUACCUAGGCUACACCAGUGGCUUCUCUCUGUCCUGUAUGGUCUUCUUCCUCUGUGCUGUGAUCUAUAAGAAGUUCCAGAUCCCGUGUCCUCUGGACGUCUUCACCAACUCCUCGUCUCUGUCUCCAGAAGACUCCUGCUCUGCCAAACUCUUCACCAUCAACUCUCAGGUACGCACCUCACCCGCACCUCACCCGCACCUCACCCGCACCUCACCCUCACCCUUACCUCACCCACACCUCACCCACACCUCACCCGCACCUCACCCGCACCUCACCCGCACCUCACCCACACCUCACCCUCACCCUUACCUCACCCACACCUCACCCGCACCUCACCCGCACCUCACCCGCACCUCACCCGCACCUCACCCUCACCUCACCCGCACCUCACCCGCACCUCACCCGCACCUCACCCUCACCCUUACCUCACCCACACCUCACCCACACCUCACCCGCACCUCACCCGCACCUCACCCGCACCUCACCCACACCUCACCCUCACCCUUACCUCACCCCCACCCCACCUCACCCGCACCUCACCCGCACCUCACCCGCACCUCACCCGCACCUCACCCGCACCUCACCCGCACCUCACCCGCACCUCACCCGCACCUCACCCGCACCUCACCCGCACCUCACCCGCACCUCACCCGCACCUCACCCGCACCUCACCCGCACCUCACCCGCACCUCACCCGCACCUCACCCGCACCCCACCCGCACCUCACCCGCACCUCACCCGCACCUCACCCGCACCUCACCCACCCUCACCCACACUCCCCCUGUCCUCACCCACACCUCCCCCUGUCCUCACCCAGACCUCCCCCAGACCUCCCCCUGUCCUCCCCCUGUCCUCACUCACACCUCCCCCUGUCCUCACCCACACCUCCCCAGUCCUCCCCCCCCAGACCUCCCCCUGUCCUCACCCACACCCCCUGUCCUCCCCAACCCGUCCUCCCACCCCUGUCCUCACCCAACCCCCUGUCCUCACCCAGACCUCCCCUCCUCCCCACCCUCCCCUGUCCCCCAGACCUCCCCCUGUCCUCCAACCUCCCCCUGUCCUCACCCACACCUCCCGUCCUCACCCACUCCCCCUGUCCUCACCCCAGACCUCCCCCUGUCCUCCCCACACCUCCCCUGUCCUCCCCAGACCUCCCCUGUCCUCACUCAGACCUCCCCCUGUCCUCACCCACACCUCCCCCUGUCCUCACUCAGACCUCCCCCUGUCCUCACUCAGACCUCCCCCUGUCCUCCCCCAGACCUCCCCCUGUCCUCACUCAGACCUCCCCCUGUCCUCCCCCAGACCUCCCUCUGUCCUCACCCACACCUCCCCCUGUCCUCACUCAGACCUCCCCCUGUCCUCACCCACACCUCCCCAGACCUCCCCCUGUCCUCACUCAGACCUCCCCUGUCCUCACUCAGACCUCCCCCUGUCCUCACCCACACCUCCCCCUGUCCUCACCCACACCUCCCCCUGUCCUCACCCACACCUCCCCCUGUCCUCACUCACACCUCCCCUGUCCUCACCCACACCUCCCCCUGUCCUCACCCACACCUCCCCCUGUCCUCACCCACACCUCCCCCUGUCCUCACUCAGACCUCCCCCUGUCCUCACCCACACCUCCCCCUGUCCUCACUCAGACCUCCCCCUGUCCUCACCAGACCUCCCCCUGACCUCCCCCUGUCCUCACUCAGACCUCCCCCUGUCCUCACCCAGACCUCCCUCUGUCCUCACCCAGACCUCCCCCUGUCCUCACCCACACCUCCCCCUGUCCUCACUCAGACCUCCCCCUGUCCUCCCCAGACCUCCCCCUGUCCUCACUCAGACCUCCCCCUGUCCUCACCCACAACCUCCCCCUGUCCUCACUCAGACCUCCCUCUGUCCUCACCCAGACCUCCCCUGUCCUCACCCACACCUCCCCCUGUCCUCACUCACCCUCCCCCUGUCCUCACCCACACCUCCCCCUGUCCUCACUCAGACCUCCCCCUGUCCUCACUCAGACCUCCCCCUGUCCUCACUCAGACCUCCCCCUGUCCUCACUCAGACCUCCCUCUGUCCUCACUCAGACCUCCCUCUGUCCUCACUCAGACCUCCCUCUGUCCUCACUCAGACCUCCCCCUGUCCUCACUCAGACCUCCCUCUGUCCUCACCCACACCUCCCCCUGUCCUCACUCAGACCUCCCCCUGUCCUCCCCACACCUCCCCCUGUCCUCACUCAGACUCCCCCUGUCCUCCCCCAGACCUCCCCCUGUCCUCACCCACACCUCCCCCUGUCCUCACUCAGACCUCCCUCUGUCUCCCCCACACCUCCCCCUGUCCUCACUCAGACCUCCCCCUGUCCUCACUCAGACCUCCCUCUGUCCUCACCAGACCUCCCUCUGUCCUCACCAGACCUCCCUCUGUCCUCACCCAGACCUCCCCCUGUCCUCACUCAGACCUCCCUCUGUCCUCACCCAGACCUCCCCUGUCCUCACUCAGACCUCCCUCUGUCCUCACUCAGACCUCCCCCUGUCCUCACCCAGACCUCCCUCUGUCCUCACUCACACCUCCCCCUGUCCUCACCCACACCUCCCCCUGUCCUCACCCAGACCUCCCUCUGUCCUCACCCAGACCUCCCUCUGUCCUCACCCACACCUCCCCCUGUCCUCACCCAGACCUCCCUCUGUCCUCACCCAGACCUCCCCCUGUCCUCACCCAGACCUCCCCCUGUCCUCACCCACACCUCCCCCUGUCCUCACUCAGACCUCCCCCUGUCCUCACUCAGACCUCCCCCUGUCCUCACCCACACCUCCCUCUCUCCUCCCUCAGACCUCCCCCUGUCCUCACCCACACCUCCCCCUGUCCUCACUCAGACCUCCCCCUGUCCUCACCCAGACCUCCCUCUGUCCUCACCCACACCUCCCCCUGUCCUCACUCAGACCUCCCUCUGUCCUCACUCAGACCUCCCUCUGUCCUCACUCAGACCUCCCUCUGUCCUCACUCAGACCUCCCUCUGUCCUCACUCAGACCUCCCCCUGUCCUCACCCACACCUCCCCCUGUCCUCACUCAGACCUCCCCCUGUCCUCACCCAGACCUCCCUCUGUCCUCACUCAGACCUCCCCCUGUCCUCACCCACACCUCCCUCUGUCCUCCCCCAGACCUCCCCCUGUCCUUACCCAGACCUCCCCCUGUCCUCACCCACACCUCCCCCUGUCCUCACUCAGACCUCCCCCUGUCCUCACUCAGACCUCCCCCUGUCCUCACCCAGACCUCCCCCUGUCCUCACUCACACCUCCCUCUGUCCUCACCCACACCUCCCCCUGUCCUCACCCAGACCUCCCUCUGUCCUCACUCAGACCUCCCCCUGUCCUCACCCAGACCUCCCCCUGUCCUCACCCAGACCUCCCCCUGUCCUCACCCAGACCUCCCCCUGUCCUCACCCACACCUCCCUCUGUCCUCACUCAACCUCCCCCUGUCCUCACCCACACCUCCCCCUGUCCUCACUCAGACCUCCCUCUGUCCUCACUCAGACCUCCCCCUGUCCUCACUCAGACCUCCCCCUGUCCUCACCCACACCUCCCCCUGUCCUCACCCACACCUCCCUCUGUCCUCACUCAGACCUCCCUCUGUCCUCACUCAGACCUCCCUCUGUCCUCACUCAGACCUCCCCCUGUCCUCACCCACACCUCCCCCUGUCCUCACCCAGACCUCCCCCUGUCCUCACUCAGACCUCCCUCUGUCCUCACUCAGACCUCCCUCUGUCCUCACCCACACCUCCCUCUGUCCUCACUCAGACCUCCCCCUGUCCUCACCCACACCUCCCCCUGUCCUCACUCAGACCUCCCCCUGUCCUUACCCAGACCUCCCCCUGUCCUCACUCAGACCUCCCCCUGUCCUCACCCACACCUCCCCCUGUCCUCACUCAGACCUCCCCCUGUCCUCACCCACACCUCCCCCUGUCCUCACUCAGACCUCCCCCUGUCCUCACCCACACCUCCCUCUGUCCUCACUCAGACCUCCCCCUGUCCUCACCCACACCUCCCCCUGUCCUCACCCACACCUCCCCCUGUCCUCACUCAGACCUCCCUCUGUCCUCACUCAGACCUCCCUCUGUCCUCACCCACACCUCCCCCUGUCCUCACUCAGACCUCCCUCUGUCCUCACCCACACCUCCCCCUGUCCUCACUCAGACCUCCCUCUGUCCUCACCCACACCUCCCCCUGUCCUCACUCAGACCUCCCCCUGUCCUCACCCACACCUCCCCCUGUCCUCACUCAGACCUCCCCCUGUCCUCACCCACACCUCCCCCUGUCCUCACUCAGACCUCCCCCUGUCCUCACCCACACCUCCCUCUGUCCUCACUCAGACCUCCCCCUGUCCUCACCCACACCUCCCCCUGUCCUCACUCAGACCUCCCCCUGUCCUCACCCACACCUCCCCCUGUCCUCACUCAGACCUCCCCCUGUCCUCACCCACACCUCCCCCUGUCCUCACUCAGACCUCCCCCUGUCCUCACCCACACCUCCCCCUGUCCUCACUCAGACCUCCCCCUGUCCUCACCCACACCUCCCCCUGUCCUCACCCACACCUCCCUCUGUCCUCACCCAGACCUCCCUCUGUCCUCACUCAGACCUCCCUCUGUCCUCACCCACCCUCCCCCUGUCCUCCCUCAGACCUCCCUCUGUCCUUACCCAGACCUCCCCCUGUCCUCACUCAGACCUCCCCCUGUCCUCACUCAGACCUCCCCCUGUCCUCACCCACACCUCCCCCUGUCCUUACCCAGACCUCCCUCUGUCCUCACUCAGACCUCCCCCUGUCCUCACUCAGACCUCCCUCUGUCCUCACUCAGACCUCCCCCUGUCCUCACUCAGACCUCCCUCUGUCCUCACCCAGACCUCCCUCUGUCCUCACCCACACCUCCCUCUGUCCUCACCCACACCUCCCUCUGUCCUCACUCAGACCUCCCUCUGUCCUCACCCACACCUCCCCCUGUCCUCACCCACACCUCCCCCUGUCCUCACCCAGACCUCCCUCUGUCCUCACCCACACCUCCCUCUGUCCUCACCCACACCUCCCUCUGUCCUCACCCACACCUCCCUCUGUCCUCCCCCAGACCUCCCCCUGUCCUCACCCAGACCUCCCCCUGUCCUCACUCAGACCUCCCCCUGUCCUCACUCAGACCUCCCCCUGUCCUCACCCAGACCUCCCUCUGUCCUCACUCAGACCUCCCCCUGUCCUCACCCAGACCUCCCCCUGUCCUCACCCACACCUCCCUCUGUCCUCACCCACACCUCCCCCUGUCCUCACCCACACCUCCCUCUGUCCUCACUCAGACCUCCCCCUGUCCUCACCCAGACCUCCCUCUGUCCUCACCCACACCUCCCCCUGUCCUCACCCACACCUCUCCCUGUCCUCACUCAGACCUCCCUCUGUCCUCACCCACACCUCCCCCUGUCCUCACUCAGACCUCCCUCUGUCCUCACCCACACCUCCCCCUGUCCUCACUCAGACCUCCCUCUGUCCUCACUCAGACCUCCCCCUGUCCUCACUCAGACCUCCCCCUGUCCUCACCCAGACCUCCCCCUGUCCUCACCCACACCUCCCCCUGUCCUCACUCAGACCUCCCCCUGUCCUCCCCCAGACCUCCCCCUGUCCUCACCCAGACCUCCCCCUGUCCUCACCCAGACCUCCCCCUGUCCUCACCCACACCUCCCUCUGUCCUCACCCAGACCUCCCCCUGUCCUCACCCACACCUCCCCCUGUCCUCACCCACACCUCCCCCUGUCCUCACCCAGACCUCCCUCUGUCCUCACCCACACCUCCCUCUGUCCUCACCCAGACCUCCCCCUGUCCUCACCCAGACCUCCCCCUGUCCUCACUCAGACCUCCCUCUGUCCUCACUCAGACCUCCCUCUGUCCUCACCCACACCUCCCCCUGUCCUCACUCAGACCUCCCCCUGUCCUCACCCACACCUCCCUCUGUCCUCACUCAGACCUCCCUCUGUCCUCACUCAGACCUCCCUCUGUCCUCACCCACACCUCCCCCUGUCCUCACUCAGACCUCCCUCUGUCCUCACCCACACCUCCCCCUGUCCUCACUCAGACCUCCCCCUGUCCUCACCCAGACCUCCCUCUGUCCUUACCCAGACCUCCCCCUGUCCUCACUCAGACCUCCCCCUGUCCUCACUCAGACCUCCCCCUGUCCUCACUCAGACCUCCCCCUGUCCUCACUCAGACCUCCCUCUGUCCUCACUCAGACCUCCCUCUGUCCUCACUCAGACCUCCCUCUGUCCUCACUCAGACCUCCCCCUGUCCUCACUCAGACCUCCCUCUGUCCUCACCCACACCUCCCCCUGUCCUCACUCAGACCUCCCCCUGUCCUUACCCAGACCUCCCCCUGUCCUCACUCAGACCUCCCCCUGUCCUCACCCACACCUCCCUCUGUCCUCACCCACACCUCCCCCUGUCCUCACCCACACCUCCCCCUGUCCUCACUCAGACCUCCCCCUGUCCUCACUCAGACCUCCCUCUGUCCUCACUCAGACCUCCCUCUGUCCUCACCCACACCUCCCCCUGUCCUCACUCAGACCUCCCUCUGUCCUCACCCACACCUCCCCCUGUCCUCACUCAGACCUCCCUCUGUCCUCACUCAGACCUCCCCCUGUCCUCACUCAGACCUCCCCCUGUCCUCACCCAGACCUCCCUCUGUCCUCACUCACACCUCCCUCUGUCCUCACCCACACCUCCCCCUGUCCUCACUCAGACCUCCCCCUGUCCUCACCCAGACCUCCCUCUGUCCUCACUCACACCUCCCUCUGUCCUCACCCACACCUCCCUCUGUCCUCACUCAGACCUCCCCCUGUCCUCACUCAGACCUCCCUCUGUCCUCACCCACACCUCCCUCUGUCCUCACUCAGACCUCCCCCUGUCCUCACCCAGACCUCCCCCUGUCCUCACUCAGACCUCCCCCUGUCCUCACCCAGACCUCCCCUGUCCUCACCCAGACCUCCCCCUGUCCUCACCCAGACCUCCCCCUGUCCUCCCCCAGACCUCCCCCUGUCCUCACCCAGACCUCCCUCUGUCCUCACCCACACCUCCCCCUGUCCUCACUCAGACCUCCCUCUGUCCUCACCCAGACCUCCCCCUGUCCUCACCCAGACCUCCCCCUGUCCUCACUCAGACCUCCCCCUGUCCUCACUCAGACCUCCCCCUGUCCUCACUCAGACCUCCCUCUGUCCUCACCCACACCUCCCCCUGUCCUCACCCACACCUCCCCCUGUCCUCACCCAGACCUCCCUCUGUCCUCACCCACACCUCCCCCUGUCCUCACCCAGACCUCCCCCUGUCCUCACUCAGACCUCCCUCUGUCCUCACUCAGACCUCCCUCUGUCCUCACCCACACCUCCCCCUGUCCUCACCCACACCUCCCCCUGUCCUCACCCAGACCUCCCCCUGUCCUCACCAGACCUCCCCUGUCCUCACUCAGACCUCCCCCUGUCCUCAUCCAGACCUCCCCCUGUCCUCACUCACACCUCCCCCUGUCCUCACCCACACCUCCCCUGUCCUCACCCACACCUCCCCCUGUCCUCACCCACACCUCCCCCUGUCCUCACCCAGACCUCCCUCUGUCCUCACCCACACCUCCCCCUCCUCUCACCCAGACCUCCCUCUGUCCUCACUCAGACCUCCCUCUGUCCUCACUCAGACCUCCCCCUGUCCUCACUCACACCUCCCCCUGUCCUCACCCACACCUCCCCCUGUCCUCACCCACACCUCCCCCUGUCCUCACCCAGACCUCCCUCUGUCCUCACCCACACCUCCCCCUGUCCUCACCCAGACCUCCCUCUGUCCUCACUCAGACCUCCCUCUGUCCUCACUCAGACCUCCCCCUGUCCUCACCCAGACCUCCCUCUGUCCUCACCCACACCUCCCCCUGUCCUCACCCAGACCUCCCUCUGUCCUCACUCAGACCUCCCUCUGUCCUCACUCAGACCUCCCUCUGUCCUCACUCAGACCUCCCUCUGUCCUCACCCACACCUCCCCCUGUCCUCACUCAGACCUCCCUCUGUCCUCACCCACACCUCCCCCUGUCCUCACUCAGACCUCCCCCUGUCCUCACCCAGACCUCCCUCUGUCCUCACUCACACCUCCCUCUGUCCUCACCCACACCUCCCCCUGUCCUCACCCAGACCUCCCUCUGUCCUCACCCAGACCUCCCCCUGUCCUCACUCACACCUCCCUCUGUCCUCACCCAGACCUCCCCCUGUCCUCCCCCAGACCUCCCCCUGUCCUCACUCACACCUCCCCCUGUCCUCACCCAGACCUCCCUCUGUCCUCACCCAACCUCCCCCUGUCCUCACUCACACCUCCCUCUGUCCUUACCCAGACCUCCCCCUGUCCUCACUCACACCUCCCUCUGUCCUCACCCAGACCUCCCCCUGUCCUCACCCACACCUCCCCCUGUCCUCACCCACACCUCCCUCUGUCCUCACCCACACCUCCCCCUGUCCUCACUCAGACCUCCCUCUGUCCUUACCCAGACCUCCCCCUGUCCUCACCCAGACCUCCCCCUGUCCUCACCCACACCUCCCCCUGUCCUCACUCAGACCUCCCCCUGUCCUCACCCACACCUCCCCCUGUCCUCACCCACACCUCCCCUGUCCUCACCACACCCUCCCUCUGUCCUCACUCAGACCUCCCCCUGUCCUCACCCAGACCUCCCCUGUCCUCACUCAGACCUCCCCCUGUCCUCACCCACACCUCCCCCUGUCCUCACUCAGACCUCCCCUGUCCUCACUCAGACCUCCCCCUGUCCUCACUCAGACCUCCCCCUGUCCUCACCCAGACCUCCCCCUGUCCUCACUCAGACCUCCCUCUGUCCUCACUCAGACCUCCCUCUGUCCUCACUCAGACCUCCCUCUGUCCUCACUCAGACCUCCCCCUGUCCUCACCCACACCUCCCUCUGUCCUCACUCCUCAGACCUCCCCGUCUCACUCAGUCCUCACCCUCAGACCUCCCCCUGUCCUCACCCACACCUCCCUCUGUCCUCACUCAGACCUCCCCCGUCCUCACUCAGACCUCCCCCUGUCCUCACUCAGACCUCCCCCUGUCCUUCCCAGACCUCCCCCUGUCCUCACUCAGACCUCCCCCUGUCCUCACCCACACCUCCCCCUGUCCUCACUCAGACCUCCCCCUGUCCUCACCCACACCUCCCCCUGUCCUCACUCAGACCUCCCCCUGUCCUCACCCACACCUCCCUCUGUCCUCACUCAGACCUCCCCCUGUCCUCACCCACACCUCCCCCUGUCCUCACCCACACCUCCCCCUGUCCUCACUCAGACCUCCCUCUGUCCUCACUCAGACCUCCUCUGUCCUCACCCACACUCCCCCUGUCCUCACUCAGACCUCCCUCUGUCCUCACCCACACCUCCCCCUGUCCUCACUCAGACCUCCCUCUGUCCUCACCCACACCUCCCCCUGUCCUCACUCAGACCUCCCCCUGUCCUCACCCACACCUCCCCCUGUCCUCACUCAGACCUCCCCCUGUCCUCACCCACACCUCCCCCUGUCCUCACUCAGACCUCCCCCUGUCCUCACCCACACCUCCCUCUGUCCUCACUCAGACCUCCCCCUGUCCUCACCCACACCUCCCCCUGUCCUCACUCAGACCUCCCCCUGUCCUCACCCACACCUCCCCCUGUCCUCACUCAGACCUCCCCCUGUCCUCACCCACACCUCCCCCUGUCCUCACUCAGACCUCCCCCUGUCCUCACCCACACCUCCCCCUGUCCUCACUCAGACCUCCCCCUGUCCUCACCCACACCUCCCCCUGUCCUCACCCACACCUCCCUCUGUCCUCACUCAGACCUCCCCCUGUCCUCACCCACACCUCCCCCUGUCCUCACUCAGACCUCCCCCUGUCCUCACCCACACCUCCCCCUGUCCUCACUCAGACCUCCCCCUGUCCUCACUCAGACCUCCCUCUGUCCUCACCCACACCUCCCCCUGUCCUCCCUCAGACCUCCCUCUGUCCUUACCCAGACCUCCCCCUGUCCUCACUCAGACCUCCCCCUGUCCUCACUCAGACCUCCCCCUGUCCUCACCCACACCUCCCCCUGUCCUUACCCAGACCUCCCUCUGUCCUCACUCAGACCUCCCCCUGUCCUCACUCAGACCUCCCUCUGUCCUCACUCAGACCUCCCCCUGUCCUCACUCAGACCUCCCUCUGUCCUCACCCAGACCUCCCUCUGUCCUCACCCACACCUCCCUCUGUCCUCACUCAGACCUCCCCCCUGUCCUCACUCAGACCUCCCUCUGUCCUCACCCACACCUCCCCCUGUCCUCACUCAGACCUCCCUCUGUCCUCACCCACACCUCCCCCUGUCCUCACUCAGACCUCCCUCUGUCCUCACCCACACCUCCCCCUGUCCUCACUCAGACCUCCCCCUGUCCUCACCCACACCUCCCCCUGUCCUCACUCAGACCUCCCCCUGUCCUCACCCACACCUCCCCCUGUCCUCACUCAGACCUCCCCCUGUCCUCACCCACACCUCCCUCUGUCCUCACUCAGACCUCCCCCUGUCCUCACCCACACCUCCCCCUGUCCUCACUCAGACCUCCCCCUGUCCUCACCCACACCUCCCCCUGUCCUCACUCAGACCUCCCCCUGUCCUCACCCACACCUCCCCCUGUCCUCACUCAGACCUCCCCCUGUCCUCACCCACACCUCCCCCUGUCCUCACUCAGCCUCCCCCUGUCCUCACCCACACCUCCCCCUGUCCUCACCCACACCUCCCUCUGUCCUCACUCAGACCUCCCCCUGUCCUCACCCACACCUCCCCCUGUCCUCACUCAGACCUCCCCCUGUCCUCACUCAGACCUCCCCCUGUCCUCACCCACACCUCCCCCUGUCCUUACCCAGACCUCCCCCUGUCCUCACUCAGACCUCCCCCUGUCCUCACUCAGACCUCCCCCUGUCCUCACCCACACCUCCCCCUGUCCUUACCCAGACCUCCCUCUGUCCUCACUCAGACCUCCCCCUGUCCUCACUCAGACCUCCCUCUGUCCUCACUCAGACCUCCCCCUGUCCUCACUCAGACCUCCCUCUGUCCUCACCCAGACCUCCCUCUGUCCUCACCCACACCUCCCUCUGUCCUCACUCAGACCUCCCCCUGUCCUCACCCAGACCUCCCUCUGUCCUCACCCACACCUCCCUCUGUCCUCACUCAGACCUCCCCCUGUCCUCACUCAGACCUCCCCCUGUCCUCACCCAGACCUCCCCCUGUCCUCACUCAGACCUCCCCCUGUCCUCACCCAGACCUCCCCCUGUCCUCACUCAGACCUCCCCCUGUCCUCACCCACACCUCCCCCUGUCCUCCCCAGACCUCCCCCUGUCCUCACUCAGACCUCCCCCUGUCCUCACCCACCUCCCCCUGUCCUCACCCACACCCCCCUGUCCUCACCCAGUCCUCCCCCCUCACCCACCCUCCCCCUGUCCUCACCCACACCUCCCUCUGUCCUCACCCACACCUCCCCCUGUCCUCACUCAGACCUCCCUCUGUCCUCACCCACACCUCCCCCUGUCCUCACCCAGACCUCCCCUGUCCUCACCCAGACCUCCCUCUGUCCUCACCCACACCUCCCCCUGUCCUCACCCACACCUCCCUCUGUCCUCACCCACACCUCCCUCUGUCCUCCCCCAGACCUCCCCCUGUCCUCACUCAGACCUCCCCCUGUCCUCACUCAGACCUCCCCCUGUCCUCACCCAGACCUCCCUCUGUCCUCACUCAGACCUCCCCCUGUCCUCACCCACACCUCCCCCUGUCCUCACCCACACCUCCCCCUGUCCUCACCCAGACCUCCCUCUGUCCUCACCCAGACCUCCCCCUGUCCUCACCCAGACCUCCCCCUGUCCUCACCCAGACCUCCCCCUGUCCUCACCCAGACCUCCCCCUGUCCUCACCCACACCUCCCCCUGUCCUCACCCAGACCUCCCUCUGUCCUCACCCACACCUCCCCCUGUCCUCACUCAGACCUCCCCCUGUCCUCACCCACACCUCCCCCUGUCCUCACCCAGACCUCCCCCUGUCCUCACCCACACCUCCCCCUGUCCUCACUCAGACCUCCCCCUGUCCUCACCCAGACCUCCCCCUGUCCUCACCCACACCUCCCCCUGUCCUCACCCACACCUCCCCCUGUCCUCACCCAGACCUCCCUCUGUCCUCACCCACACCUCCCUCUGUCCUCACCCAGACCUCCCCCUGUCCUCACCCAGACCUCCCCCUGUCCUCACCCACACCUCCCCCUGUCCUCACCCAGACCUCCCUCUGUCCUCACCCACACCUCCCCCUGUCCUCACUCAGACCUCCCCCUGUCCUCACCCACACCUCCCCCUGUCCUCACUCAGACCUCCCCCUGUCCUCACUCAGACCUCCCCCUGUCCUCACUCAGACCUCCCCCUGUCCUCACCCACACCUCCCCCUGUCCUCACCCACACCUCCCCCUGUCCUCACUCAGACCUCCCCCUGUCCUCACUCAGACCUCCCCCUGUCCUCACUCAGACCUCCCCCUGUCCUCACCCACACCUCUCCCAGAGAAUAUGAUUAA